AUGCUGGUUUUGGAUUUAGCAGAAAUUUUAGAAAAUAAAUCGCUUUUGGGAGAUAAUAGGCUGUUUUUUGAUAAAGAUUCUCCUAUUUUAAUAGGAAAAUCUUUACGAAAUUAUUUAGCACAUGGUGAUGCUCUAAUUGAUGCUUUACCAUUUGAUCCAUCAAAUGCAAUUAUUUCAAAUGCUAUAAAAUUUCUUUUAGAAGGAAAAGAUUUGGUUACAAAAGGAAAUAUUAUUGGUCAGAAAAUAGUAGAGAAUCCUUCUGAUUUAAAUAAUUAUUAUAACCAAAGCUUAGAUCUUGUUACUAAUCAAUAUGAAAUGUUUAUUGCCGCGAAGAAAGGUAAUCUUGCGAAGGUUAAAGAUUAUAUUAGUAAAGGAGCAGAUAUUAAAGCUAGGGAUAAUAAUAACAAAUGGACAGGACUUCAUUAUGCUGUUCAGAAGAACGAAAAAGACAAUGCAAAUGUACUUAAAUUUUUUAUUGAUCAAAAUUUAAGUAUUGAUAUUGAGGAUAUUAAUGGUCAAAAACCUUUUCAUAUUGCUGCUACUUUUGGAAGUAAUAGAAUUAUAAAGUAUCUAAUAAAAAAAAAAAAAUCAAAAAUUAAUGAUAUAGACCAUAAAAAAAGAAUUCCGUUACACGUAGCAGCACAAUAUGGUCACAAGGAUGUUGUUGAGACUCUAUUACACAAUGAAGCCGAUAGUAAUGCUCUAGAUUAUAAGGAUAAGACGCCGUUACACUAUGCAGCAAAAAACGGUCACAAGGUUGUUGUUGAAGUUUUAAUUGAUAAAAAAGCAACAGUUGAUGCUCUGAACAAAAUAAAUAGUACACCAUUACACUACGCAGCAUACUAUGGUCACAAGGAUGUUGUUGAGACACUAUUAAAUAAUAAAGCCGAUGUUAAUGCUUCACGUAAGGAUAAAUGGACACCAUUACACAUGGCAGCACAAAAUGGUGACCAAAAGAUGAUACUGAUUCUAUUAAACCACGACCCCAAAGCCAAUAUUAAUGCUCUAGAUAAGGAUAAAUGGACACCAUUACACAUGGCAGCACAAAAUGGUCACAAGGAUGUUGUUGAGACUCUAUUAGACAACAAAGCCAUCAUUGAUGCUCUAAGUAAGAAGAAUGAGACGCCGUUACACAUUGCAGCACAACAAGGUCACCAAGAGGUUAUAGAGAUUUUAUUAAACCACGACCCCAAAGCCAAUAUUAAUGCUCUAGAUAAGGAGAAUAUGUCACCGUUACAUAAAGCAGCAUUAAACGGUCACAAGGAGAUUGUAAAAACUCUAUUGGAUAAAGGAGCCAUAGUUGAUGCUCCAGAUAUAGAAGAUAGGACACCUUUGCACUUAGUAACGCAAAACGGUUACAAGGAGGUGGUUCAAAUUCUAUUAAACAAUAAAGCUGAAAUUAAUGCCAAAACUAAGGAAAAAAGUACACCAUUACACUACGCAGCAUACUAUGGUCACAAGGAUGUUGUUAAGACACUAUUAAAUAAUAAAGCCGAAGUUAAUGCUUCAAAUAAUGAUAAAUGGACACCAUUACACAUGGCAGCACAAAAUGGUCACAAGGAUGUUGUUGAGACACUAUUAAAUAAUAAAGCCGAAGUUAAUGCUUCAGAUAAGUAUAAAUGGACACCAUUACACAUAGCAGCACAAAAUGGUCACAAAGAUGUUGUUGAGAUUUUAUUGGAUAAAAAAGCCACAAUUGAUGCUCUAAGUAAUGAAAAUAGGGCACCAUUACACUACGCAGCAUUCAACGGUCACAAGGAAAUUGUUGAGACUCUAUUAAAACAUAAAGCUGAUAUUAACGCUCAAUGUAAAGGGAGUGGUACACCAUUGCACUUGGCAGUACAAAAUGGUAAAAAAGAAAUUGUUGAUAUCUUAUUAAACAACGAAGCCGAUGUUAAUGCUUCAGAAGAAAUUAAUAAUUGGACACCAUUACAUAUGGCAGCAGGAGAGGGUAACAAAGAUGUUGUUAAGACACUAUUAGAUAAUAAUGCCGAUGUUAAUGCUCUAGAUAAGAAUAAAUGGACACCAUUACACAUGGCAGCACAAAAUGGUCACAAGGAUGUUGUUGAGACUCUAUUACACAACAAAGCCAACAUUGAUGCUCUAAGUAUGAAGAAUGAGACGCCGUUACACAUUGCAGCACAACAAGGUCACCAAGAGGUUAUAGAGAUUUUAUUAAACCACGACCCCAAUGCCAAUAUUAAUGCUCUAGAUAAGGAGAAUAUGUCACCGUUACACAAAGCAGCAUUAAACGGUCACAAGGAGAUUGUAAAAACUCUAUUGGAUAAAGGAGCCAUAGUUGAUGCUCCAGAUAUAGAAGAUAGGACACCUUUGCACUUAGUAACGCAAAACGGUUACAAGGAGGUGGUUCAAAUUCUAUUAAACAAUAAAGCUGAAAUUAAUGCCAAAACUAAGGAGAAAAGUACACCAUUACACUACGCAGCAUACUAUGGUCACAAGGAUGUUGUUAAGACACUAUUAAAUAAUAAAGCCGAAGUUAAUGCUUCAAAUAAUGAUAAAUGGACACCAUUACACAUGGCAGCACAAAAUGGUCACAAGGAUGUUGUUGAGACACUAUUAAAUAAUAAAGCCGAAGUUAAUGCUUCAGAUAAGUAUAAAUGGACACCAUUACACAUAGCAGCACAAAAUGGUCACAAAGAUGUUGUUGAGAUUUUAUUGGAUAAAAAAGUCACAAUUGAUGCUCUAAGUAAUGAAAAUAGGGCACCAUUACACUACGCAGCAUUCAACGGUCACAAGGAAAUUGUUGAGACUCUAUUAAAACAUAAAGCAGAUAUUAACGCUCAAUGUAAAGGGAGUGGUACACCAUUGCACUUGGCAGUACAAAAUGGUAAAAAAGAAAUUGUUGAGACCUUAUUAAACAACAAAGCCGAUGUUAAUGCUUCAGUAGAAAUUAUUAAUUGGACACCAUUACAUAUGGCAGCAGGAGAGGGUAACAAAGAUGUUGUUAAGACACUAUUAGAUAAUAAUGCCGAUGUUAAUGCUCUAGAUAAGAAUAAAUGGACACCAUUACACAUGGCAGCACAAAAUGGUCACAAGGAUGUUGUUGAGACUCUAUUACACAACAAAGCCAACAUUGAUGCUCUAAGUAUGAAGAAUGAGACGCCGUUACACAUUGCAGCAAAACAAGGUCACCAAGAGGUUAUAGAGAUUUUAUUAAACCACGACCCCAAAGCCAAUAUUAAUGCUCUAGAUAAGGAGAAUAUGUCACCGUUACACAAAGCAGCAUUAAACGGUCACAAGGAGAUUGUAAAAACUUUAUUGGAUAAAGGAGCCAUAGUUGAUGCUCCAGAUAUAGAAGAUAGGACACCUUUGCACUUAGUAACGCAAAACGGUUACAAGGAGGUGGUUCAAAUUCUAUUAAACAAUAAAGCUGAAAUUAAUGCCAAAACUAAGGAGAAAAGUACACCAUUACACUACGCAGCAUACUAUGGUCACAAGGAUGUUGUUAAGACACUAUUAAAUAAUAAAGCCGAAGUUAAUGCUUCAAAUAAUGAUAAAUGGACACCAUUACACAUGGCAGCACAAAAUGGUCACAAGGAUGUUGUUGAGACACUAUUAAAUAAUAAAGCCGAAGUUAAUGCUUCAGAUAAGUAUAAAUUGACACCAUUACACAUAGCAGCACAAAAAGGUCACAAAGAUGUUGUUGAGAUUUUAUUGGAUAAAAAAGCCACAAUUGAUGCUCUAAGUAAUGAAAAUAGGGCACCAUUACACUACGCAGCAUUCAACGGUCACAAGGAAAUUGUUGAGACUCUAUUAAAACAUAAAGCUGAUAUUAACGCUCAAUGUAAAGGGAGUGGUACACCAUUGCACUUGGCAGUACAAAAUGGUAAAAAAGAAAUUGUUGAUAUCUUAUUAAACAACAAAGCCGAUGUUAAUGCUUCAGAAGAAAUUAAUAAUUGGACACCAUUACAUAUGGCAGCAGGAGAGGGUAACAAAGAUGUUGUUAAGACACUAUUAGAUAAUAAUGCCGAUGUUAAUGCUCUAGAUAAGAAUAAAUGGACACCAUUACACAUGGCAGCACAAAAUGGUCACAAGGAUGUUGUUGAGACACUGUUAAAUAAUAAAGCCGAAGUUAAUGCUUCAAAUAAGGAUAAAUGGACACCAUUACACAUGGCAGCACAAAAUGGUCACAAGGAUGUUGUUGAGACACUAUUAAAUAAUAAAGCCGAAGUUAAUGCUUCAAAUAAGGAUAAAUGGACACCAUUACACAUGGCAGCACAAAAUGGUCACAAGGAUGUUGUUGAGACACUAUUAAAUAAUAAAGCCGAAGUUAAUGCUUCAGAUAAGUAUAAUAGGACACCAUUACACAUAGCAGCACAAAAUGGUCACAAAGAUGUUGUUGAGACUCUAUUUCACGUCAAAGCCGAUUAAAAUGCUCUAGUUUAGCAGAAUCGGACGCCGUUAGACCAUGCAGCAUUUAACGGUCUUAUGGAUGUUUUUGAGAUUUUAUAGUGACUUUUAUUUUUUUUUUAAUUUUUGUUAAAAUAAGUUUUGAAUAAUUUUAUAAUAAAAUGAGAUUUGAAUUUUGCAAAAAAAUUAAAAAUUUGAAUUUGAAGUGCUUCAGAACUCAGCUAAUAAUUAAUAAAAUAAAUUAGUUUCAAUUGUUGAGUACUUUAUCAUAUUUUUAUCAUAUUUCUUUUUUAAUAUCUUUUUUAUUGCUUAACAUUAGUGUAUGUUUAACAUUGCAGUUUUUUAAGUCUUACGCUCUGACGUUUUGUAUCAUAUCAUAAAUACACAAAAAAAAACAGUUGUCAGCGAA